CGCAGAGCGGGCGCAGGCGCAGAGCGGGCGCAGGCGCAGAGCGGGCGCAGGCGCAGAGCGGGCGCAGGCGCAGAGCGGGCGCAGGCGCAGAGCGGGCGCAGCAUGGCGGGCCCGGGGCUGGUGGCCGGCGACGUGGUGGUGGACGCGCUGCCCUACUUCGACCAGGGCUACGAGGCGCCGGGAGUCCGUGAGGCGGCCGCGGCGCUGGUGGAGGAGGAGACGCGGCGGUACCGGCCGACGAAGAACUACCUCAGUUACCUGCCGGCGCACGACUACAGCGCCUUUGAGACCGAGAUCAUGCGGAACGAGUUCGAGCGCCUGGCGGCCCGGCAGCCCCUCGAGCUGCUCAGCAUGAAAAGGUACGAGCUGCCGGCCCCGUCCUCCGGGCAGAAGAACGAUAUCACGGCGUGGCAGGAGUGUGUGAACAACUCCAUGGCGCAGCUGGAGCACCAGGCGGUCCGCAUCGAGAACCUGGAGUUAAUGUCGCAACACGGCUGUAAUGCUUGGAAGGUGUACAACGAGCAUCUGGUUCAUAUGAUAGAACAAGCCCAGAAAGAGCUUCAGAAGUUAAGGAAAAACAUUCAAGAUCUGAACUGGCAACGAAAGAACAUGCAGCUCACAGCUGGGGCUAAGCUACGAGAAAUGGAAUCUACAUGGGUCUCUCUUGUCAGUAAAAAUUACGAGAUUGAACGAACUAUUGUGCAGCUAGAAAAUGAAAUUUCACAAAUCAAACAGCAGCAUGGAGAAGCAAACAAGGAGAACAUCCAGCAAGACUUCCAGUGACUCUACUGUCUUACUGCAGCAUACGUUAAAAAAACAAAACAAAAAACUUUGGAGAUGCUGUGCGUUUGUAGACACCUCUAGUUGCGGGUGUGUAAGGUGAUAAGAAGGUAUUUUCAUAAUUUCUUUUUCUGGUUUUAAAUUCUAGGAUGAGGCAGCGUAGGCCCAAAACAUCCUGCCCAAGUGUAUUACGGGCACAGUUAAACGUACUGUGAAUUGUUUCACUUUUUGUAUACCUAAAGUAGGAGCUCUUAGAAAACACCCCCCGUUCCAUGUUUUCGCAUGCUCCCUGAUGCCUUCAAUAAACGCUGUUUAUUAUUUGUA